UGAGCUCUGUCUGCUCAGCCCGGCGGUCCGCCUCAUUCGCUGAGCAGGUCCAUGAAUUGUCACGGCGUUCCGGGCGGCUGCUGAGCCGGGGCGCCCGCCGGGCUUGUCGUGUCCUCUCUGAGGUGCCUGCGGAGCCUAGGUGCCCCGUCCGCUGAGGCGAUCCAAUUCGGGGCAACUUGAAAUUCAGGACCCGAAGCAGGGGCGCCGGUUUGCGAUCGCGACUCAGCGAGGAGGAUGGAAAUCCUAUAUGAAUGUGGAAGCCAUUAGCAGAGUAAUUGCUGUCUGUUACCAUGACAACAAGCCGCUGCAGUCACCUGCCCGAAGUGCUGCCAGACUGCACAAGCUCCGCUGCGCCCGUGGUGAAAACGGUGGAGGAGUGCAGCGGCCUAGCGAAUGGACAGCCGCAGUAUGUCAUGCAAGUGUCGGCCAAGGACGGGCAGCUGCUGUCAACAGUAGUGCGGACCCUUGCCACCCAGAGCCCCUUCAAUGACCGGCCGAUGUGCAGGAUCUGUCAUGAAGGCAGCAGCCAAGAGGACUUGCUCUCUCCCUGUGAAUGUACGGGGACCUUGGGGACAAUUCAUCGGAGCUGCCUGGAGCACUGGCUGUCGUCCUCAAACACCAGCUACUGUGAACUCUGCCACUUCAGGUUUGCGGUGGAGCGCAAACCCAGGCCGUUGGUGGAGUGGCUCAGAAACCCAGGCCCCCAGCAUGAGAAGCGGACUCUGUUUGGAGACAUGGUGUGCUUCUUGUUCAUAACCCCACUGGCCACCAUCUCGGGCUGGCUGUGCCUGCGGGGCGCCGUGGACCACCUGCACUUUAGUAGUCGGCUCGAAGCCGUUGGACUGAUUGCACUCACUGUCGCACUCUUCACUAUUUACCUCUUUUGGACACUAGUAAGUAUGGCCCAUGGCCCGGCAGUUCAGGCCCGCUGGACGCGGCGGCCCCACUGCCUUCUUUCUAGCAUGUCCGCCUUACCCACCCUGUGGAAGACAGACCUUCUGAUACGGGCAGAAGCGUGAUUGGGUUUAAUACUGUGUAUAUGUGUAUGUGUGUAAAAUAUGUGUGCUGCAGGGAAGAGUAGAUGAACUAAAGAAAAAGCCCCAGCUUCUCAGAGUCCAUCAGUCCAAGACAUACCCCUGGACAUUUCUCCCGUCUGACUCCUUCUGUGGCGAGGCCCGGCGUUCCUUCCUCUUCUUUACAUUCCUCCCGUUUGCGGGCAUGGUAGUAGGUUAUGAAUGAGGCACUUGGCCCCUGUUGCUGUCACCACCUGCACAGAUCCUGAAUCCUCCUGCUGGCUGUUUUCUUCUUAUCUCCUGACACAGCCUAAAGUCUUUGUUGGACGUGGAGCUGCACUUUGCCUGACGAUUAUUCUGCCUAUU